AUGGCCAUCGACUACAUCAGCUUUGCCUACGCUGCGACCAUUGCCGCAGGCGGGGUCAUGGGCUAUGUCAAGGCCGGAAGCACCGCUUCUCUGGGAGCCGGCCUGCUGUUUGGCUCUGUAAUGGGCUUUGGAGCGUACCAGACUUCCCAGAACCCAAACAACUAUUAUCUCUCCUUGGCCGCUAGUUCCAUUCUGAUGGGAGUCAUGGGCAACAGAUUUCUCUUCCAGAAUGCCAAGUUCAUGCCUGCAGGAUUAGUAGCUACCCUGAGCCUGGCGAUGGUUAUGAGACUAGGUGCCCGUGGCUUGGGUCUUGUUCAACAGUAACAUCUUUCUUUUUGCACUUCUAUUCUACGGGUCAACUGGCAUUAAAAUUUGUCCAUGCACACUCAAUGUAGUUGAUUUGCCAUGAUGAAUUAAACGUUUUAUUUUGUUACAACAAC